AUUUCACUUUCCACCCCAAACAGAGAAAAAAUAAUCAAAAAACAGGAAAAAUCCAACAAAAACACCGCAACUUUGCUGUGGUUGUGGUCGUUUUUGUUUUUCGCAAUAAAAAUUUAUUUAUUUGAAUUGAAACGGAAGCUUCUCGCGGUUAGAUCCGUCCCGCAUUUCUCUUAUUGGGUACAUAAUAAUAUAGUGCCAGGAUGGUUGCGCAGGGCUUCACUGUAGAUCUCAAUAAGCCUCUUGUCUUCCAGGUUGGUCAUCUUGGGGAAGCUUACGAGGAAUGGGUUCACCAGCCUAUUGUGAGCAAGGAAGGCCCUCGAUUUUUUGCGAGUGAUUUUUGGGAGUUCUUGACACGCACAGUUUGGUGGGCCAUUCCAGUUAUUUGGCUUCCAGUUGUGUGCUAUUUCGUCUCAAAGUCUGUACGAAUGGGCCACACACCCUAUGAGAUAGCCUCAAUGGUUGGCUUUGGCAUUUUCAUCUGGACAUUACUAGAAUACAGUUUGCAUCGUUUUCUUUUCCACAUCAAAACAACGAGUUAUUGGGGGAACACCGCACACUAUCUUCUUCAUGGCUGCCAUCAUAAGCACCCCAUGGAUGGUUUGAGGCUUGUCUUUCCUCCAGCUGCCACUGCCAUUUUAUUAGUGCCAUUCUGGAACUUGAUUGCUCUUUUUGCUACUCCCUCGACUGCUCCUGCUUUGUUCGGAGGUGGUUUAUUGGGUUAUGUGAUGUACGAUUGCACUCAUUACUACUUGCAUCAUGGUCAGCCCGCACGUGGAGUGCCUAAAGAUCUCAAGAAAUACCAUUUGAAUCAUCACUUCAGGAUUCAAACUCUUGGAUUUGGAAUUACUUCAUCACUAUGGGACAGGGUUUUCAGAACACUGCCACCAUCAAAAAUUGUCGGAAAGAGUAUAUAAUUUAAUUUAACUUGGAGGGUGCAGCAUUAUAUUUAGCGAAGAUGAAGGUUGGUUUGUUUCUAAAUAUCACCACUCCUAAACAUUCUUUCUUAUUUAUUAGUAAUGCUAAGAUCUAAGUGAGGGUUUUCUGUAGCACAUCAGAGGAUGUUCUGAGUUUUGUGGUUUUCAUUUCUAUGAGAAAUUCUGUGUAAAUUUGUUUAACAAACUCACUGUUUGCUUGUGAAGAGAAAGCUCUCUACUUGUCUA